AUGGAUAAAUCAUACGUUGUACCUACUGGUCAAGUUUAUCAUAGUAAAGGUCGAAGAUUUUUAUGGGCUGUACUAUUUCUUAUCGCUGUUAUUAUUUUAUUGGCUGGUUUAUUGGUUUUUACUGUUAUUAAUAGAACAUUGAAACCAGAAAUACAAAAGAAAAGUUUAACAAUAUUUGAUAGUAAUUUUACAGAUUCUAAUUCUAAUCGAUCUGAACGAGCAUGUUUAUAUGGACAUAUUGAAUGUGAAUUUGGUGCAAUUUGUACUAAACAACAUGAAUGUCGAUGUUUAUUUAAUUGUACUGAUGAUGAUGAAUAUAUUCAAGAUGAAACAACUGGAAAAUGGUAUUUAAAUAAAUGUCAACUUGAUGAAACUCGAUGUAAUUCUUACUAUGAAAAAAAUUUACAAUGUUUAUCAAUAAAUUGUUCUUAUGGUUCAAAAUGUUUAAUAAGUGAUAAUGGUUUUCCUAUAUGUUAUUGUCCAAGUAAUUGUAAUGAAUAUAUUCGUACAAUAUCAUUCAAUGGAUCAGUUUGUGGUAGUGAUCAUCAAACUUAUGAAACGAUUUGUGAAUUAAAUAAACGAUCAUGUGAAAUACAAGAAAAUUUAUACAUUGCACAUUUAGGCAAAUGUCAACAUUGUCAAAAUUCAAGUUGUAUUUUAAAUCAUAAAAAAUGUGAUCCUUAUAUUAAUUGUUCAUUUGAUUAUCAACCAUUUUGUGCAAAUAAUCUUCAUAAUUAUUCAAAUGAAUGUGAAAUGUUUAAAUAUGCUUGUCAAUCAAAUAUAAAUUUAAUAAAACUUCAUGAUGGAACAUGUACUUUAGAUGAACAAGAACAAUUACGUGAAGCUUGUAAAAAAUUUAUUUGUUUAAAUGGAAAAACAUGUAUGAUUGAAAAUGAUAUUGGAGUAUGUCGAUGUUUAUUUAAUUGUUCAUCCGAAAAGAAUCAAACAUGUGCUUCAAAUGGUAUUAUCUAUCGAAAUUUAUGUGAAAUGGAGCGUGAUCGUUGUAUACAUGGAGAAAAUUUUGUACCAGUUGAUAGUUCAUAUUGCAUAUCAACAUGUGAUACAACUAUAUGUCCAUAUGGUCGAUGUAAACAACAAUCUAAUAAUCACAUUGAAUGUGAAUGUCAACCAUGUUCAAGUAAUUAUUCUUACGAAGAUUUAAUGUGUGGAGAUAAUGGUAUUACAUAUCCAUCAAAAUGUUUCCUUGAAUAUGAUGCUUGUACAAGACAAAUAAAUAUAAAACCAAGUCAUAUGGGACAAUGUAAUAAUUGUCAGGAUGUUGUAUGUCCGUUUAAUGGACAAUGUCAAUCUGAACAAGGCAGUUAUUCAUGUAUAUGUCCAACAAGAAAUAAUUGUCCAAUCGUUCCGAAGAAUAAUUCUUAUACAAUAUGUGGAAGUAAUCAAGAAUUAUUUAAUAGUCAAUGUGAAAUGGAUAUACGUUCAUGUGAAUUAAAAACUCAUAUUUAUACUGUUGCACCUCAUUAUUGUACUAAAGAUAAAGAUUCAAUGGAAUAUACUCAAGAAUGUGGUUAUGAUGAAUCAUUACUUGAUUUAAAAUUAGAUCGUCAUAUUGAUUGUGAUACUAUGGAACGAUGUCCAAUCAAUAGUUAUUGUAAUAAACAAACAAAUCGAUGUUGUGUUAAAGUUAUGACUGCUAUUUUUCCAUAUCGAAUGUGUUUAUCAGAUAGACAUUGUGGUCAAAAUAUGAUUUGUUUAAAUGGUCUUUGUCAAUGUGCAAGAAAUGAUUUGAUGCCAGUAAAAGAAAAAAGAGAAUGCGUUUCUCUUCUUCCACAGUUAUCUAUUAAUUCAAGUUGUAUUAAUUCAUCAUUUGGAUGUUGUAAAGAUAAUAUUACUAUUUCGCUGACUUCUGAUCGACGAGGAUGUCCAGAAUAUUGUAAUUGUAAUUCAAUUGGUUCAUUGCGAUCAUCAUGUGAUCCAAAUACAGAUUCUUGUUAUUGUCGACCAGCUGUUAGUGGAUUAAGUUGUUCAUAUUGUGAAAAUGAAUAUUGGGGUUUUUCUCGUAUAUUAACACAUAAUAAUACUGGCUGUACUCCUUGUGGUUGUCAUCCAUAUGGUUCAUUACAAAAAGAUUGUUUACAAGAUACUGGACAAUGUUCAUGUCAUUCAUUUACAAUAGGUCGUCAAUGUGAUAAAUGUAUUGAUUCAUCUUUAAUAUUAACUGAUCGUGGAUGUGUUAGUUUAAGUAAAAAUCGUUAUCGACGUCAACGAACAUGUCGAGAUUUAAUAUGUCUUUUUGAUGGAAUAUGUGAAAUAAUAAAUGGUUAUCCUCGUUGUAAAUGUCAUCAUAUAACUUGUACAAAUGAAGAACAAUAUUUAAUGAAUAUAUGUGCAUCAGAUGGACGAACUUAUCAAUCAAAAUGUGAUAUUAAACGACAACAAUGUUUAAAACAAUAUGAAAUUGUUUUAAUAUAUCCCGGUGUUUGUAAUGGAAAUGAUGAAAAUUUUCAUUUCGAACAAGAUAAUAUUUUAAAUCAUGAACUGCCAAUAAUACCAAUUGAUUCAAAACGAUGUAUAACAGAUAAAGAUUGUGGAGAAAAUAUGGUUUGUUUAUCAGAAUUUUGUGAAUGUGAACAACAAAAAUAUAAACGUAUACCGGGACCACAAUGUAUUACGCCUCAAUCAAUUUCCUUACGAUCAAAUAAUACAAUAAAUCCUAUUCGUCGUAUAUCCGAUGGUAUUUGUAUACGAUGGAAUCCAUGUAAAAAUCAUGGAAUAUGUCAAGAUCGAACAAAUCAAAACUACACAUGUUUAUGUCCAUUCGGAUGGAAAGGACAUAAUUGUAAUCAAAAAAUUGAAAUAACUAUUCCAUAUUUUAAUCAACAAUCUUAUUUAAAACUUAAGUUAUUAGAACCGAUAAAAUCUAUUGAUCUUACAUUUGCAACAGAACAUAAUGAUGGUUUAAUUUUAUAUUGUGAUAAUAAAUUAAUAGAAUUAUAUUUUACAAUUUCAAUACGAAAUAAAAUUAUCGAUAUUACUAUUCGUUCUGAUCGUUUUAUUUCAACAAUUCAGUUAUCUGAUAUGAUUGAUCUUAAUACAUAUGUCCGUUUACAAAUUCAUCUAUUAUAUAAUGAAAUACAAGUUAAAUUAAAUCAUGGAAAUCUUUCAUCGAGAUUAUUACCAUUUGAUAUUAUGUUGACAAAUAUAUUAUACAUAGGGGGAUUACCAAUAUCAUUUCAUUCUCUUUCACAAUAUUUUGACUCUAAUGAAGGUUUUCAAGGAUGUAUUCAUGAAUUAUCAAUUAAUGGAAAACAAAUUCGAUUUAAUAAUACAGAACAUAUUGGUCAAAAUAUUGAUGAAUGUACAGGAAAUCCAUGUCGAUCAGUGUCAUCUAAAAAUGGAAUUCGAUGUAUACCGAUAAGAAAUAAUGAUGUAAAUAGUUAUAAAUAUUUCGAUAAUGAUUAUUCAACAAUUGAUCGAUGUUUAAUAAAACCAUGUGAAAUAAAUCAACAAUGUAUUAAUGUACAUCCGAAUAAUUAUAUAUGUAUAUGUUUAAAUUGUUCAUUAAAUAAUCAAUAUAUUGCUGGAUUUCAUUCAAAUAGUUAUAUUAAACAUCUACCGUUUCAAUCAUUGAAAGAUACAGAAAGAUUUAAAAUGGAACUAUGGUUUCUACCUGAAAGUUCAUCAGGUUUACUUAUUUAUAGUGAACAUAUUAAUUCCAAAAAAGGUUAUUUUAAACUUUAUUUAGAACGAAAAAUACUUAUAUUCGAUAUUAUCAUUGGUAGUAAACGUAUUUCACUCAGUUCUCGAUAUCCAAUUGAAUUAAAUAAAUGGCAUCAAUGUUUAAUUGAAAUCUAUAGUCAAAAAUUAUCGCUAAUUCUCGAUCAAGAAUCACCUGUUAUAUCUUAUGAAUUAGUUUCUUCAAAUAUUCUAUGGUCUCGUUCAUUUACAUUUAUUGGUUAUUUACCUAAUCAAUAUCGAUCAACAAAUAUUUCGAUAUUCGAAGGAUUUCGUGGAGCAAUACAAAAAAUUAUUCUAAAUAAUCAUUCAUUAAAUGAUAUUCGUCAAAAUGCUAUUAAAUUAUAUAAUAUAACUGAAUAUUAUGGUUAUCCUUGUCAACCAAAUCCAUGUACAUUGAAUAGACAAUGUCAUCAAAUAGAAUUAAAUAAUUAUACUUGUAUUGAAGAAUUAAAACGAAAUGAUACAUCACUUGAACUUGAUGGAACAAUAAAUGCUAUGUAUACAUAUAUACCUUCAAAUUUACGUCGAAAUUAUUUUGAUUUAUUAUUGAAAACAAAAUAUUCUUGGGGGCUGAUUUUUUAUAUUGGUGAAACAUCAUUAUCAUUUUUUUCAAAUUAUUUAUCAUUAAUAGUUAUUGAUGGAUUUCUACAAUUUUCAGUGAAAAUUGAUAGAAAUUCAAGUGUUGCUUUAGUCAAAUCAAAAAUACGAAUUGAUGACGGCCAAUGGCAUCAUAUUCAAAUAGAAAGAUUUCGUCGUCGUAUUAUAAUGAAACUUGAUGAUAAUCAUCGCUAUCAAACAGUAUUAUUAAGUAAACAAACAGAAUUUCAUCCCAAUCCAUCCAAUAUUUAUAUUGGUGGUUAUCAUCGAUUAUGUAGUUAUGAUGAACAACAUUGUCGAUCAUAUCGUGGAUGUUUAAAAAAUGUUACUAUUGAUAAUAAUUAUCUUGAUUUAAUUAAUGAUGAAUUAAAUCGACAUCGUAUAUUAAAACAAUGUCAUGACUUUAAUAAAUAA